GAUCGCCUCAACGCCUGAGGAGCUGACUCGAACAACUUCAAACGAUGCCAGCCGGAAUCACCCAACUAUUAUCCCUUGCUCCCGGAGGACCCAGUUCCCAGGCCCCUCUCGGAGCUUUACACCCAAAAGUGGGGGCUUCCAGCACAAGCAUCGAUCCCAAACCAUGCGUUGCCACAACAUUCUCGGCGCCAUCGUUGCUAGGAGCAAAUAUUAUUUCCUUGGAAGCGUCUCUGGUUACAAACUUCAGCGGGCCUAUACCUGCAGAGUGGAGAUUCUCUCAGCCUGCUGUCGAGAUACAUAAUGCCUCAUUCUGCAAUAUCACCGUCUCUUACACUCACCCUGGCCAUAGUGAUGUUGUCAAUGUCGAGACCUGGCUCCCAUCCGAGGACUGGAACGGGAGACUCCAAGCUGUGGGAGGUGGGGGGUGGCGCGCUGGGAGAAUGCUUCUGAGUUAUACGACUAUGGCCGGUGCUAUCGCAGAUGGUUAUGCUACUGUAACCACGGAUUCUGGACUAGGGGACGCCAUGGGGCCGAACUCGUGGGCUCUGAUAAGUCCAGGUAACUCAAAUCUGUACGCAUUGCAGGAUCUUGGGUCCCAGACCUUGUAUGACGAGGCAAUCAUCGCCAAGCACCUCAUUGAAAACUACUACGGCAGGGAGCCUUCCUAUUCGUACUGGAAUGGUUGUUCCCAAGGAGGUCGUCAGGGUGCGGCACUUGCCCAGCGGUUCCCAUCCAUCUACGACGGAAUCAUCGCAGCAGCCCCAGCGAUCAACUGGGCCGGGGUCCUCAUCAACACCAUGUGGCCCAGGGUCUAUAUGGACGUCACUGAGCAGUAUCCUCACCCAUGCGAGCUGCAACAGCUCACUGCACUUGCUGUAUCUGCUUGCGAUGGGCUUGAUGGAGUUAAGGAUGGCAUUAUCGCCGAUACAAACGCCUGCAAGACCAUUUUUGAUCCUCACGCCUACGUCGGAACAGAGUUCAACUGCCUAUUGACCGGGAAAUCGGCCAAUAUCAGCUCCACAGCAGCCGCUGUAGCGGAUGCGAUGUGGACGGGCCCUUUCACAGCGGAAGGAGAGUCAACAUACCUGUAUGGCCUGGAAAUGGGCACCGACCUGGUGUUCGGUGCUCAAACUAGCUGUACAGAAGAUGGGAAGUGUACUGGAGUUCCUAACGCCGCUGUCACAUUGUUAUUGGCCUACUUCAUCGGCAAAGAUCCUGCUAUCACUACCACGAAGAUAUCUUUCAAGGAACUGGAAAGAGCAUACCACUCUUUCAGACAACAAUUUGAUGCUUACCUAGGAACUGAUGACCCAGACCUUUCAUCUUUCCGCAAUGCUGGAGGCAAGAUGAUCACUUUCCAUGGCUUAGCCGAUCCGACUAUUCCGCCUAACAACACACUGAACUAUUACAAGGACGUCCUGAAUCAUCAAGAUGAUGCACAAGACUUCUAUAGAUAUUUCCCCGUCCCGGGACUGGGACACUGCUGGGGAGGCCCUGGUGGCGGUCAGCCCAUUGCGUUAUUUGAUCAAUUGAGGUCUUGGGUCGAGAACGGAACAGUCCCUGAAAGCUCUCCAGUGACCAUUACAAAGCCGGACAAUACUCAUGAGAGGCAGGUUAUUUGCCCGUUCCCAAAGAAGGCAGUAUACAACAAGACGACGGCUGGAGACUCGGCAGGUUGGUCAUGCGCUAUUUGA